GGACCCCUCUGCCGCAGCAACCGGAGAGGAGUUUUGAGCACGCGACUCGUGUGUGUCUGUCCGGAGAGCACUACCCCGGGGCCACUCUACGCACUUGUUGGGACUUAUUCAUAUUCGCAUUUAGCUGACAUGGCCCGCCUGCUGCACGGCGCUGCUACUGCCGCUGACUGGUGCGAGCUGAAGGAGCUUCCAUCCGAGCCCGGCUUGUUGGCCAGAGAUUACAUGUUAGACAGCAGCGACCCCCGCGCCUGGCUCUCCGCCACUUCCCUGCAAAGCCGCCCUGAGUACGGACUUCACAAGAUGCGGGAACUGUGCAAACUGAAGGGGCUGCGGGAAGAUGAGGAGGAGGAGGAUGAUGAGGAGGAAGAGGAAGAGAGAUCCGAGGGGCUGUGCAGACACAGGGGUCCCCCUGGCAAGGGCCCCGGUGGGGUUCAGAAGAAGAGGAGACUGGCAGCCAAUGCCAGGGAGAGGAGGAGGAUGCACGGCCUCAAUCAUGCCUUUGAUCAACUCCGAAAUGUCAUCCCUUCCCUCAACAACGACAAGAAACUCUCCAAGUACGAGACCCUUCAGAUGGCUCAGAUCUACAUCAACGCGCUGUCCGACCUGCUGGAGGCGCCCCCCGACACCAGCGACCCCCCCUGCCCGCCCACCUACAAACUGCACUCAGGGGGAGAGGCCAGGUUAGCCCAGUCUGGCAACUGCAGGAGAUUCUCUGGAGACUUCCCCGGACAGUCCCCCCUCAGCUUCCAAUUCCAGGAGGGAGCUGCUCUCUCUCAGAAGGGAAUGGUAUCUCCUACAUCUUCUUCUUCGGGGGAAAACAGCAAGACGUCGCCACGAUCCCAUCGAAGCGAUGGCGAGUUCUCACCUCAUUCACAUUACAGCGAUUCAGACGACGCAUAGUGAUACUGAGACUCAUAGUCGCUCAUUUGUCUUCCAACAUUUCAGGCUGCACAGACUUUCCAAAUAACACGAUCCAAUAUUCAGCAGACAGGUGUCAAGUAGAUUUUCUACUAAAUCCCAUUUGGGAAAGUACCACUGCCCAACUUUCUCAGCAGAACGGAGUUGGGGGGUCAUAAGAAUUAUGAAUAUCCAACUUUGCCUUUGUUGCUUGUUGAGCUACAACUUUCAGCAUCACGUGACCGCCCAAGGUUGGCGUUGGAUACUGGUAAUUGUGGCUCAACAUCAGUAACUGAAUAGAGUGGAACGUUUGUUCGUUCUGGUCAGCAUGGUGCGAUUGCCAUUAACCCUUACAUUGCCAGGAAGGUCUAAACAACCUGCGCUACAAAUUACCUGCCAUUGAAUGGGUUACCGUUUUUGUAUGUAUUCUGUUUUGCAUAGCCUGCAACAUUACCCAUGGCUGUGCCAAGUUACACGGUGCCUGUCCUUUAAUCUUGUUCCUUUAGUCCAAAUGAGUCAUACUUGCCACCUUUCUGCAUAAUCAAUUCAAAUUCAAUUCAAAUGUAUCCUGACAGCCUAUUGUCAUGUCUUCCAGGAAAACAAAAAUAUCAUAAUGUUAAUGGCAUCUGACCCAACAUUGUAAAUUGUAAAAACACCUUCCUGUGUAAAUAACUGAGAUGUCCUAGUUUUUUAUACGAUAGCGUCAUGCGACUCUGCACUUUAAUUACCAGCGAUGGCAAAAGAAUUAAAUGGAACUAUAGACAGAGGGAAAUAAAUAUAAUUCAGUCUGCCAAUCUGCCGCAAGGUUUUUAAUUUAGCCACUUAUUUAAUGAUUUGGAAUUCGCAAAGUGGGGGGGGGGGUUUGGUUGUGUCAAAAAUGUUUGUCUCUAUUCUCUGGCUUGUUAUUUUAGAUAAUUAUUUAUUGUUGCGUUUGCUAUUUUUUUUUACUUUUUCUAUGAAAAAGAAACUUUUUGUUUUAAAUGUAGCACCAUACACUGCCAUUGUUUACUUGUUUUGUGGAGAAAGCGAAAAUAAACAAUUCAAUAAAAACAAAAAUGACUGUUGUU